AUGUUUUCCUUAUUGUUUUUAAUCACCACGUCUUAUGCUACAGAUAAAAAUUGUCUGUGGCACGAUUCCCUUGGAUAUACUUAUGAUAUUUCAAAACUACACAACAUAAAUAACUAUCAAGUACCUGAUACUGAUACAAGUAACUUUUAGAGCGAAUAAAUAAGGCAUGGGAAUGUUUAAUAUGGUUUACGAAUUUAAUUUUUGCACAGGAGCUGUGAGAUGUUAAGGAAGAGAUGUUGCUGCAUUUGAAGCGCUUGAAGUAAUGGGAAAAGUGACUGAAAAUUGUGAUGUAUAAUUAUGAAUUAAUAGCAAGGUUUUGGGAUUAAAAGAAACUUAGGAAUUUGGCUAUGUGAAUCCAGUUUAUCCUGAAUUAGGCAUUUCUGUUACUUACAAACAAGGUUGUUUUGAAAUUAAUUAUAAGGCGAUAUGUGUUUUGAUGUUAAAGAUGAUGGUGGAUUACAAAAAAUAAUUGCAGACAAUGAACAAAUGUAAAUGAGUCCAAGAUCUGUUACUUUUGAAAUCACAUGCGGGAAAGAUGAACCUAACUUUCGAGUUAUAGAUUCUAGUAAAUGCAAUAUUAGAUUGGGUAUUUAACACUCAGCUGGUUGUAGAUCAGGAUCCUCUCCUAGUAAUUAUUAUAAUUAUCAAAGGUGGGGGAAGUCAAACAAUGCUUUUAUAUAUUAUUUUAGGAGCUGGACUUUAUUUUGGCGGCGGAAUAGCAUACAAUAAAAAAUAAUAUUAGCUUAGUGGAGUAGAUGCACUACCGCAUUCACAUUUUUGGAAAGAUUUUCCACAUUUGGUCAAGGAUGGGAUCAAUUUCACUGUUAUUAAAGUUUUUGGCAUAAUAAAAAAGUUUAGAGGGUUAUCAAGCGAAGGAGGAUAUGCUGUCAUUUGA